GCUCCAUUGUUUCAUCAUUCGCUCCUGCAAAAAAACUCCAUCCUAAGCAAAAAUGGUGUACGCUCUGAAAGUUUUCAAGAAGACUUCGCCCAACAGCAAGGUCACAGUUUACCUGGGCAAGCGUGAUUACAUCGAUAACAUCACCAAAAUCGAAUCUGUUGAUGGCGUCGCCUUGAUUGAUCCCGAGUACUUGAAAGGCCGGAAAUUGUUUGGCCAGAUCGUCUGCAGUUUCCGUUAUGGUCGUGAGGAAGAUGAAGUCAUGGGUUUGGAGUUCCAAAAGGACUUGCUCAUGGCUUCGGGUGAGAUUCGAGCCAGCCAAAAGAGUGACCUCACCAAAAUGCAGGAGCGUUUGAUCAAAAAAUUAGGCAGCAAUGCUUUUCCAUUCAUUUUUGAACUGCCGAAAAAUGCUCCACCUUCGGUUACUCUCCAACCAGGACCAGAAGCUUCUGGAAAACCAUGCGGAGUUGAAUACUUUCUGCGGAUCUUUGUCGGAGAGUCAAUGGAUGAUAGAGCUCACAAAAGGAGCUCCAUCUCGAUGGGUAUCCGGGUAAUCCAAUUUGCCCCGUCUCAGGGUCAACAGGGUCGUCAACCGUGCACGGUUGUACGUCGUGAUUUCGUCCUUAGUCCAGGAGACUUGGAGAUGGAAAUCAACUUGGACAAACAGCUGUAUCACCAUGGAGACCCUAUUGCGGUGAAUGUCGUCAUUCAGAAUCGCAGCAAUAAAACUGUGAAGAAACUCCGUGCCCAAGUUCUCCAAUGCAUUGACGUGUGUCUCUUUGAACACGGGUCAUACAAAACACCCGUAGUCACUCUCGAUACUUCUGAGGGCUGCCCAAUCCCCCCAGGUGGAACUUUGCAUCGCACUUACACCUUGACUCCACGUCUCGGUGCGGCCGUUGCGGACCGACAUGGUGUCGCUCUCGGUGGCCGUCUUCGUGAUGAAGAUACCGAACUUGCCUCGACUACUCUGAUGGCUAACCCUGACGAUCGCGAUGGAUUUGGCAUCAUCGUAACUUACUUGAUUAAAGUCAGGCUGUUCCUUGGUGCUCUGGCUGGUGAAUUGGUUGGUGAGCUUCCGAUUAUCAUGAUGCACCCGAAGCCAAAUCCCAAGAAGUUGCCCCGUAUGGAUAGCGUUGCUUUCGAAACAUUCGGAAGCAACUCUGUUGACGACGCUGGUCAAGACUUGGAUCGCAUGAAAUUGGACGACGUAGAUGAAUAAUAAGAAAAAUCUUUAUUUUCAAAACAUCUUUAUCAAUGGCCCUGCCUUAUUUAAGAGCAGCGAGUAACAGUCAUAUAGAACUAGCCUACUGUUGCCUCCGCAGGUGUUAUCCAAUUUAAUCCGAUAUAAAUGAAUAUAAUAAUGUACGAUUUCGCUACUAUAGAAACUAAUACAGCAUCCUUAAAAAAAAUUUGUUAUCUUUCUUGGGAAUUCCACCAACAUUUUAAUAUGUUGUGGCUUGUGUUCAAUGACUCACGCUUGUUUUCAAAGAAACCGGCAACUAUUUUUCCAGUGACGUAUGCACUGCUGUCAAACACGGAAGCAAAGUCAAGGAGAACAAUUUCGAAAUGUCUAAGUUUGAAGCACGGCAGCGCCAUAACUCUGUGCACGCGAGGAUUAAGCGAACUAAUCGCGUGAAGCCCUUUGGGGAUGUCUGCAGAGGCGCUGUCUACCAGCUAAGUUCCUCCUUGUUUUAACCUUGGUGUCAUAAUGUAUUCACAUUCCUAUGUAUUCCCGCUAUUCCGAUAAUUUUCGUCUGUAGUUGCUCAGAGACGUGUAUGAGUACACGUGUGAUUGUAAAAGGCUUCUUCAUUACCGGUGUAAAGAAUUUAUUUUAGACCAGGAUAUUGAGAGAAUUAAAAAGCAAUGAGAUGGCA